UAUAGCCGGUGUUCUCCAAAUGAGCCUACUAGUUACUACGUAGUACUUACUACGCGUGCAUACAUUUGACAGGUUCAGCGAUUUUAGAACUUUCUCUAGGACUAAGGAAACGCAGUUUCCUUGUCAAAACAAUAGUUUAUUCACUUGUCCUAUAUAUACAAAUCCGUUUUUGUCCAAAGUUGACUAAUUUAAAGGUCAAAAUGGAAGUGAGCCGUGAACGCAGUGAUUCGUCUGCUUCGGAGUUUGAAAUUGUGGAUGAUCUGCCACAGGAUGAAAAUCCCACAGCCCUUCUUCAGGCUGAACCAGAUGGGUUUAUGACAGAACAAUCUCUGAAAGCGGAUCAAUGCCGUCGCACUCACCCCGUUUCCGAGAAUCUGUGGGAACUCAAAGGUGAGGUUGAUUUUCAGACUGAAAGAGCUGACGAGGAAAAGGAAAUAUCCACCCAGCAUUCCCAAAGCACAACGGUCGCCACGCCCAGUACGCCUCUUUCGAGCUGUAUCACCUUUUACGCAAACGAGGAAUCGGAAUCUUCAACGGCCGCAGCUGCCGAGCCUGAAGUAUCGGUACCUUCGGUUACUGAAGUUACGCAAGAACUUUCCGAAGCAAAAAUUGAACAUGCAAAUAAAAAAAUGAAAGAGUUGCCACUAUCAAAGCCCAGAGCAAGUGUUUCCCAGACUGAGGCAAAGUUACACAAAAUCUUCAAAAGUACGGCUACUGAAUCAGAAGAUGCAGGCGCAGAACGGAUACAAGGGCAAGAAUUAACUCCCGGAAAAGCAAGCAUAGUCGCGAUGCUUAAAGAGAAAAAUGUAUUUCCUGUUGGAGAAAUAACCGAUGACCUUUCAGUAGCGAUCAAAAGCGCUUCCGUUACGUACAUUUUUCACAAUGAUGACCGUGAUCGCAUCGACAGUCCGUCGAAGUGGAAUGAAUCUUUGCAAAGCUUCCUGGGGCUCAGUGACAGUCCGGACCACCAAAACGCGCUGUUCAUAUUUGUAGAUCCACAAAUGCGUAAUCCGCCACGCCUGUCCCCGACAAAGACUGCCGUUUGGUGUUACCGCUACGGAGAGCUAGUUGGUGAAGUCAUUAUGCAGGAAACUCAAGAACCUCCAGAAGCCACCGCAAAACCUCUAAAAACUCCCGAACAAGGGCAGAAACCAAAAAACCGCGGAGAUGUAGAGAUACCUUGUCCGGGAUCGCGAGAAAUGCAUGGUUGCUCAGCCGAAAAUCGCCGGUGGAGAUGUGCAGGGUGUGCUCAAGGUCUGGAAUACGGAUUCGAUGGAUUCUUCUAUUGCAACUGUGGUAAAGCUCCCGCAAGAGCUUUUGUAUUUCAUUGCGGGGAAAAGGUGCAUGGGAACGAGCACAUCGGAUUUCCGCCGGCGGUCAUGGACAGGUUGCUGCUGGAUAUACAGCCUUUUGACGAAAUCAACAUUCUGAUUCUAGGCGAAACGGGGGUUGGCAAAUCUACGUUCAUCAAUGGCUUUGCUAACUUCUUAACAUAUUCAAAUCUGGACGACGCCCUCGCCGAACCGGUGUAUCUGAUUCCCGCCCAUUUCACCACACUCAACGAACAUUUUGAAGAGCAGGUCGUCACAAUGGGCUCGAGCAGCAACGAAGAAAGCGUUUUGGGCCAGUCCGCCACUCAGAUGCCACGCAGUUAUGUCUUUAAGAAAGGUCACACAAUUGUCCGCCUAAUUGACACGCCCGGCAUUGGCGACACCCGGGGCACCGAACAGGAUAAAAAGAACUUCCAGUUCAUCAUGCAGCAUCUAGCAAAUUACGACAAAAUCAACGGCAUCUGCAUUCUUCUGAAACCCAAUAAUUCGCGCUUGAACAUUAUGUUUCGUUUCUGCAUCAAGGAGCUGCUGACGCAUCUGCACCGUGAUGCAUGCCACAAUAUCGCUUUUGUGUUUACCAACGCACGAUCGACGUUCUACCGUCCGGGUGAUACGUUUCCGAUUUUGAAGAAGCGAAUUAAGGAAUCUAACGGAGUGGAUAUCGAACUGAGCAGCGCGACAAUUUACUGUGUGGAUAGCGAAGCGGUACGCUUCAUGGCGGCCCUGAAGCAGGGCGUGACCUUUUCGCAAACAGAUGAAGAAAACUUUAUGAAGAGCUGGGAAAAGUCGGUGGAAGAGACAGAGCGAUUACUGAAGUUUGUCAUGACUCGAACACCCCAUGCGCUGCGUAAUACGAUCUCUUUAAACGAAGCUCGACGCCUAAUUCUCUCCUUUACCGAACCGUUGACACAUAUUACGAAAAAUAUCCAACUGAACUUGCAGUUGGCCGACGAUAAAGCAGCCGAGAUACGAGCGUUUGCCAGCAGCCGAGAAGCGUUGAAAGAAAAGCUCUUCGUUCCAAUCGUCGAUUUAGAAGCAACACAGCUGGGGUUCCCAAGAACCGUGUGUAUUGCGGAGAAGUGCAUUAAAAUGGUGGGUAACAAGGCGAAUUAUGUGACUUGGUGCCACGAUCACUGUUUUCUUGAGGGUGUCACUGUCAAUCAGUAUCCGCAACCGGAGUUACAGAAAUGUUCGGCAAUGCAGCGAAGCGGUGGUGUCAGUUGUGAACAUUGCGGAUGCAUUUGGGAGAAGCAUAUGCAUAUUACCUACGAAGUGCACGAAGUGGAAAAGCGUACAGUUGACGAAAACGUGCGGCGGAUGCUCCAGCAGAAGAACGGCCAGAUUGCCGCCGUUCAGACUAUGCUUCUGGACAUCGAAAAACGCAAGAAUGACCUGAAAUCUGAAGAAAAAGAAAUCCGCAGAGUGUCGGUGCGUUUUGGCUACUUCCUGAAGGAGAACGCUAUGCUGCCGUACAAUGACGCCAUGGAAGAGUACCUCCGUUACCUGAUUUCGGCGGAGCGCGAAAAAAUUGCGGUCGGUGCCAGUCGCGCUGUCCUGGAGAACUAUCAGAAUAUGCUAAACGCGUACCAAGAAGAGCGGAAAAUCCUGGAAGAAGCGAUGCAGGCGGGUAACCAUGAACAGCCAAUCACCGCCGAGGAAAUCACGAUGGCUAUGCGCUCGUUGUAUCGGCUGCCGCUCAAUGGACAAAAAAUUCGCCGCUCAAUGGACAAAAAAUUCGGGAGUUAG